AAUGGAGGUUGAAGAUGUAAUAGAAACAACCAUAGGACGAUCCGGCAGAUAUCAGCUGUGGAUAUUUUUUCUUAUAUCUAUAGGUCGGUUUCCUACUGAAUAUCAAUUGACAAACGUUGUGUUUAUUUUGCCAAACCCUGAAUAUGUGUGUAAGGAUGAGGGAGCUAAUAAUGCAUCAAAUUUUUGUCCUUGCAACAACCCGGAGUAUGAUACAAGCAACGUUAUGAAUUCGGUAUCAAGUGAGUGGGAUUUAAUUUGUGAUAAACGUCAUUUAGCCAGCUUAGGCCAGUCUAUGCUGCAAAUUGGUAUAUUAGCUGGAAGCAUAUUUUAUGGACACAUUUCAGACAGAUACGGACGCAAGAUUGCUUGUUUGCUUGCAUUGACAGCAGAAGUGUUCUUUGUGGCAAUUUCUGCCGCAGUGACGGAAUUUUGGAUGUUUGCGGUCUGCCGCUUCUUCAUAGGAGUGGCAGUGGGCGGCACUAUGCUCUGUUGUUAUAUUAUUGUGAUCGAGCUCUUCGGAAAAUCAUUUAGACCUUACUUGCCAGGUCUCAUAGAAAUGUCAUAUAUAAUCAGCUAUUUGUCACUUCCGCUAAUCGCUUAUUUCUUAAGAGAUUGGAAACAUUUACAAUUGGUGACCUCAUUGCCCUGGGUUUUCGUUUUACUUUAUUAUUAUCUGAUACCGGAAUCACCGAGAUGGCUGAUUACAAUGGGUAGGAAGAAGGAAGCCAUCGAACUUUUAACAUUUAUCGCGAAGAAGAAUAACAUGCCAAUCGAAGAUAUAGAAGCAACUGUUGUGAGAGGAUACAUGGCUGCGUUACAUGAAGAAAGGAAAGAGCACGCUUCCUAUUUAGACUUAUUUAAGACGCCAAAGAUUAGGAGAUACACUCUGAUUAUAGCCUUCAUUUGGCUGUGUUGUGCUCAUACGUUUUUUGGUAUCAAUCAAUAUAUAGGUCGAUUACAAGGCAAUAUUUAUGUAAACGUCGCUCUGUCAGCGACAAGUCUCAUACCUGGUAUAGUACUAGUUGUAUUAGCUUCACUUUAUUUAAAACGAAAAACGAGUGUAAUAACUAGCUUUAGUGUAGCAGCUAUUUCAUUAUUAUUGUUUAUAGUAAUUCCGCGAUCUUUGGAAACUGUGACAAGAGUGUUGGCUAUAAUCGGUAUGAUUGGAGCUUAUACAUCUUUUGUACAGAUAUACUUAUAUUCCUCUGAAAUUUUCCCCACUGUUAUACGGAAUUCGGCGAUGGGUUUCGCAUCAGUAUUUGCUAGAUUCGGAGGUUUCAUUGCACCGUUCGUCGUCAAUAUUGGUGUAGAGUGGGUAUCAAUACUUAUAUUUAGUGUCUUGGCUAUGUGCGCUGCUUCACUUUGCAUAUUUUUACCAGAAACAAAAGAAACGGUGCUUUUAAAUACAAUUGAACAAACGGAAAAUAAAAAUGAGUUGGACCACAGAGAAAACACUGAGAACUCUAAGGCACCAAAUACAAAUUAAUGUAAUGUAUUUUCAACAUUUCGUAUUAUUAUAAUGACAAUUAGACAGAAGUAGUAAGUAUUAGUACAUUAUUAUUUAUUUGAUAGUUUAGUAGGCUCUGAGUUGGGACAUUUUUACAUAAAUCUAUAUUUGCCUCACAUUAGACGAAGCGUUUGCUUGAUGACAAUUGAUCUAGAUGUUAUUUUCAUGGA